AAUAACUGAUCCAACCAACGGCUCCAUAUCCCACCUUGUCCCUUCUCUUAUUUAUUACCCUACCCACGCCAACCCACCCCUCCAAACCGCAACAAUGGAGCACAAGCACCCUGUAGCAGAAGCCAACGAGACGAGCCCAUUUGGCUCACUGAGUCCCGAACUAUUCUACACUCGCCACUCAGUGAGCCACGCCUCUGAAUACAUCACCAGCAAGCAGGGCCUCAAGCUCUUCACACAAUGGUGGACCCCAAACCAAACCCCCAUCAAGGGUAUUGUAUGCGUGGUCCAUGGUUACACGGGAGAUUCCAGCUGGUUCGUUCAAUUGACUUCCGUUCAUCUCGCGAAGCACGGAUUUGCUGUUUGCGCUAUAGACCAUCUUGGUCAUGGCUAUUCCGAGGGACUAAUUGCCCAUAUGCCCGAUAUCAAUCUUGUGGUAGAUGAAUGUAUUCUAUUUUUCAAUAAAUUUCGUGCGCGUUAUGCCCCAAAUUUGCCGGCGUUUAUGUAUGCAGAGUCGUUGGGUGGGGCAAUUGCUUUGCUGAUCACGCUCCGCCGUGAUGGGGAUGUGCCGGUGAGGCCAUUUGAUGGCAUCGUAUUGAAUGGGGCUAUGUGUGGUAUAAGCGAUAAGUUCAAGCCUCCAUGGCCGCUUGAGCAUUUCCUAUCCAUAGCGGCUGCUUUGGUACCCACUUGGUGCGUGGUUCCCACCCGCGGCUCCAUACCUCUGGUGUCCUUCAAGGUGGAAUGGAAGCGCAAGUUGGCUCUAGCGAGCCCGAGGAGGCCCUUACGAAGGCCACGAGCGGCAACAGCACAAGAGUUACUGAGGGUGUGCAGAGAAGUGCAAGGAAAAUUCAAUGAGGUGGAUGUGCCAUUUUUGAUUGUGCACGGAGGCGAUGAUGUUGUCUGUGACCCAGCUUGUGUAGCAGAGCUGUAUGAACGCGCUGCAAGUAAGGAUAAAACCCUCAGAAUUUAUCCCGGAAUGUGGCACCAGCUUGUUGGAGAGCCCGAUGAAGAUGUGGAACUUGUGUUCGGAGAGGUUGUUAAGUGGCUCGUGACUAGGACAGAUCAGGCCGCUGUUGGCUCGGUGGUCAAGAGUCGAGAUGCUGAUGCUACAUAGAUUAAGUCAAUGGUUUUUGUAUAUAAUGAUUUACAAUUAUCUUGAUGAUUUGUAUAAUGUAGAAUGUGAUACAUUUCUAAACUGAUAUGUAGCAUUUAUGGGAAUUUUUGUAAAUUGGGCUUUUUUAUGAUUGAUUGCAUUCAUUCCUAAC